AUGAACGGGGAUAGCUACGCAGCUAGAGACUCUGGACGAUCUCGGGAAUAUUACGGGGCGGCUCGCUCUGAUCGAGAGGAUCGAAAGGACCGAAAUGACCGCAGUAGCCGUGGCGACCGCGGCGACAGACGGGAGAGAGAGAGAAGAAGAUCAAGGUCGCCUCAACAUCCAUCAAGGUCGGGACGGCGCGAACAGGAACCGGAUUUGUACUCCUCAAGUCGUGACUAUCGCGCAAGGGAGCGGGAGGACAGAUAUUCAGGCCGACGAGAUGAGAGAGAAUGGGAUAGAGACCGAAGUGACAGACGGCGUGAUCAUAGGAGGGACGAAGAUGACAGAUCUGCUCGACGCGACAGAGACGUGCCAGAUGACCGGUCCCGAGGAGGUAGAGGUCGAGAUCGCGAUGCAUUCGGCGGGGGUCGGGAGCGGAAGCGAAGUGCGAGUCCACCACCAAAAAAGAGGGAACCCACUCCAGAUUUGACGGACGUUGUUCCUAUCCUUGAGCGGAAACGUCGACUGACGCAGUGGGAUAUCAAACCGCCUGGUUAUGAACAUGUAACGGCGGAACAAGCAAAGCUCUCUGGAAUGUUCCCUCUACCAGGUGCACCGCGCCAGCAGGCAGUUGAUCCCAGCCGAUUACAAGCUUUCAUUCAUCCACCUACUACUAGUACUGCUCCUGGCACAUCUACCAAUACCGUCCUAAAACCUUCGAACUCUCGCCAAGCGAAACGACUGUUUGUUCAUAACCUCCCGUCUUCAGCCACGGAGGAGAGCUUGGUGCAGUUCUUCAACCUCCAGCUGAAUGGUCUUAACGUCAUCAAAGGGGUUGAUCCAUGCGUGACCGCGCAACUAUCCAAUGAUAAAACAUUCGCUUUACUUGAGUUCCGAAAUGCUGCAGAUACCACUGUUGCGCUGGCUUUUGAUGGUAUUACUAUGGAAGAUAAUGAUGAUAUGGAUACAACGAAUGGAGAUUCGAAUGGGUCAAACCAAGGACUUUCAAUACGCCGACCUAAGGACUACAUACUUCCAUCUGCAGUUGAAGGAGAACCCCAUCAGGAGGGCGUUGUUUCCAACGUGGUUCCUGACUCUCCAAACAAGAUAUGUGUAUCGAAUAUUCCACCAUUUAUCGAGGAAGAGCCGGUCACUAUGCUCCUAGUUUCAUUUGGGGAACUUAAGUCGUUUGUCCUUGUGAAGGAUAGUGAGACGGGCGAGUCUAGGGGAAUUGCAUUUUGCGAGUACCGUGACCCGAUGUCGACUGACAUCGCUGUUGAAAACUUGAAUGGCAUGGAACUUGGUAACAAGAAACUUAAAGUGGUUCGUGCAAGUAUAGGAACUACACAAGCUGCUGGCCUUGACAUGGGCGUUAAUGCCAUGUCCAUGUACGCCAAAACGACAUCCCAGGACAUUGAAGCAAGUCGUGUUCUUCAAUUGCUGAACAUGGUAACUACUGAGGAGCUGAUUGACAACGAUGAUUAUGAAGAAAUAUGCGAUGACGUCCGUGAUGAAUGCUCAAAAUAUGGGGAAGUUGUGGAGCUAAAAGUACCAAGGCCAACGGGGAAUAACAAGCAAUCUGCUGGCGUUGGCAAAAUCUAUGUUAAAUUUGAUAAUAGCGAGUCAGCCACGAAAGCACUCAGGGCGCUUGCAGGAAGGAAAUUCCAAGAUCGCACCGUUGUUACUACGUACUUUUCAGAGGAAAAUUUCGAAGUCAAUGCAUGGUAAUCGAUAUGGCAGCGCCGGAAAUUUGAGAUUCUUAGUCAUUUCUUUGUUUUCAUAACGAGUGCAACAAACCUGCGACUUUAUCAUCCAGCUACUCUCUCAAACUGGGCCCUCCCGUUUUCUGUUCACCUUCUUUCGUUCCGCUUCGUUCUUUUUUUUGCGGAAUGUCCUUCGCGUCAAAUGCGGAGAGCGACUGGCAGGAGCAUUAGGCAAGCGCAAUUUCACUGUACCAUAACCCAACAUUGUAAGCUCCGUUCUCAAAAAUCUCUUUUAUCUCUUUUCUGUGACAUGUGAAGUAUAAGGGCUGGGCGCGGAUGAUCAAGGCGAUAUAAGUGUGAUACGGACUCUGGUGUAUAUCUUUUUAUUUUCGAUGUUCUUAAAAUCAGUUUUGACUCCGCAAUUUAGCUCGAAAUACGUAAGAAUGUGACUAUCGCCAGAACAUUAUACCUGAUCAGAGGAAGAAAUUAUUCUUGGUUGCUUGGUAUCUCUCUGGCAAAUACUACUAUGAGCGAAAAUUAUAU